UCUUCCUGUGUGGAAUCCUAGGAAAACAGAGGACGGGGACAUCUCUCUGGUGGGUUCCCAUUACUGGAUACACUACCUGAUGAUGGUGAGGGAUGGUGUGACAUUCCUGAAUAUAGAGGACAGGGAUAUCUCUCUGGUGGGUUCCCAUUACUGGAUCCAUCUACCUGAUGAUGGUGAGGGAUGGUGUAACCUUCCUGUGUGGAAUCCCGGGAAUACAGUGGACAGGGACAUCUCUCUGGUCGGUUCCCAUUACUGGAUCCACUACCUGAUGAUGGUGAGGGAU